AUGUCGGAAUAUGAGAGCGAUUCUGGCUGGCAAUAUUUACGUCAACCUCAACAGCAAAUCGUUGCAACAGCAUCAAAAAGAGUUGGUUUAAAGAAAGUUUGGGUGCCUGAUGAAGAAGAGGGUUUUAUUGCUGCAGAGAUUAAAUCAACAAAGGACGAUUUAGUUACUAUUAUUACUUGUAAGGGAGUUGAGAAGACUUUGAAAAAAAAUGAAACGCAAAAAAUGAAUCCAUCAAAAUAUGAGAAAACGGAAGAUAUGGCAAAUUUGACAUUUCUGAACGACGCAUCUGUACUUCAUAAUUUACGUGAACGAUACUUCUCUAUGAUGAUUUAUACUUAUUCAGGCUUAUUCUGUGUCGUUAUUAAUCCUUACAAACGUUUACCAAUCUAUACGGAAAAUAUUUGCAAAAUGUAUAUCGGGAAACGGCGUACUGAAAUGCCACCUCAUUUGUUUGCUGUUUCUGACGAAGCUUACAGAAAUAUGAUUAAUGAUCACAAAAAUCAAUCGCUGCUAAUUACCGGUGAAUCAGGUGCAGGAAAAACAGAAAAUACAAAAAAAGUUAUAGCUUAUCUUGCUAUUGUUGGUACGACAAAUUCAACAAUCAAAUCCGAGAAGAAUUGCAAGGAAAAAUCUUCUAUUGAAGAUCAAAUUGUACGCACUAAUCCGGUACUUGAGGCAUUCGGAAAUGCAAAAACUGUACGGAACAAUAAUUCGUCACGUUUUGGGAAAUUCAUUCGGAUUCACUUCAAUGUUGGCGGAAGACUUGCCGGAGCUGAUAUAGAGCAUUAUUUAUUGGAAAAAUCUCGAGUUAUCAAACAGGCGCCGGGCGAACGAUGCUAUCAUAUUUUCUAUCAAAUUAUGUCCGGUCAAAUUUCAGGAUUAAAAGAGAAGUUAUUUCUAACACGCGAAAUAACUGAUUAUCAUUUAAUCUCUCAAGCUGAAGUGACCAUCGAUGAUAUGAAUGAUAAGGAAGAAAUGCAAUUAACUGAUGAAUCAUUCGAUAUUAUGCAUUUUGCUGAGCAAGAAAAGCAAGAGAUAUAUGCGCUAGUGGCUGGUAUUAUGCAUAUGGGUGAAAUUAAAUUCAAACAGCGACAAAGAGAGGAACAAGCGGAAUGUGAAGAUUAUCAAGAAGGUGAUUUGGCUUGUAAAUUGUGGAUGAUUGACACGGAUAAUUUCAUAUCUUCAUUAUUAAAGCCUCGUGUUAAAGUUGGCAUGGAAUGGGUGAGCAAAGGUCAGAACCUUGAACAGGUAAAUUGGGCUGUAGGAGCACUAGCAAAAGCAAUAUAUGCGCGAAUGUUUGCAUGGCUAAUUAAGAGAUGUAAUAAAACAUUGGACGUACAAGAUCGUAACCGUGACUAUUUUAUUGGGGUGCUCGAUAUUGCUGGCUNAAAUUGGGCUGUAGGAGCACUAGCAAAAGCAAUAUAUGCGCGAAUGUUUGCAUGGCUAAUUAAGAGAUGUAAUAAAACAUUGGACGUACAAGAUCGUAACCGUGACUAUUUUAUUGGGGUGCUCGAUAUUGCUGGCUUUGAAAUUUUCGAUUUUAAUUCAUUUGAACAAUUAUGGAUUAAUUUUGUAAAUGAGAAGUUACAACAAUUCUUCAAUCAGCAUAUGUUCGUUCUUGAACAGCAAGAAUAUCAACGUGAAGGAAUUCAAUGGGAAUUUAUCAAUUUUGGCUUAGAUCUUCAAUCAUGUAUUGAACUGAUUGAAAAGCCACUUGGUAUUAUUUCAAUAUUGGACGAAGAAUGUAUUGUACCAAAGGCGUCUGAUCUUACAUUGGCACAAAAAAUCAACGAUCAACAUCUUCGAAAACAUCCAAAUUUUCAGAAGCCUAAACCACCAAAAGGGAAACAGGCUAUUGCUCAUUUGGCCAUAGUACAUUACGCAGGUACGGUACGUUACAAUGUAACAGAUUGGCUAGAGAAGAACAAAGAUCCACUUAAUGAUACAGCUGUGGGCGUUUUAAAAGCAAAUACUGGAAUGAUUUUAAUGAGAGAAAUUUGGGAAGAUUACAAAACACAAGAAGAUAUUGCUAAGUGUGCAAAAGAUGGCCAAAGGAGCAAAAAGAAGGGUAAAUCAGCUUCAUUUAUGACUGUUUCAAUGAUGUAUCGCGAAUCGUUGAACAAUUUGAUGACUACGCUCCACAAAACUUAUCCACAUUUCAUUCGUUGUAUCAUACCAAAUGAGAAGAAGCAAUCAGGUGUGAUUGAGGCUUUAUUGGUGCUUAAUCAGCUUGCAUGUAAUGGUGUACUUGAGGGUAUUCGAAUUUGCCGUAAAGGUUUUCCAAAUCGUACCUUACAUGCUGACUUUAAGCAAAGAUAUGCUAUUUUGGCUACCGAAGAAGCAUCUUGUGAAAUUGAUCUUAAGCAAUGCGUUACAAAAAUGUGCACAAAAUUAGAAAAAAAUGGAACUUUGAAACCUGAUGAUUACUGCAUUGGGAAUACUAAGAUAUUUUUCAAAGUUGGCAUCUUUGCUCGUCUUGAAAAUCUUCGAGAUGAAGCUUUAUCAAUUAUAAUAAUCAAAUUUCAAAAUGAAUGCAGAUACUAUAAAACUCAAUUUGAUCUACGUUGUAGAAUGCAGAGGAAAGUUGGUAUCUUAUUAUUGCAACGUAAUAUUCGCGCAUGGUGCACAUUGCGCAAUUGUAAUUGGUUUAAGCUAUACGGCCGUGUCAAACCAUUAAUUAAAGCAAGUAAAAAGGAUGAAGAAUUCGAAGCAUUGCAAAAGAGAGUAAAGGAAUUAGAAGAGAAUUUGAAUUGUGAAGAAAAACUACGUAAGGAGAAAGAAUCGGAAAUAGCCAAAUUGAUGAACGAAAAACAACAACUUUUCUUGCAAAUUCAACAGGAAAAAAAUAUAAGUGAGGAAGGAAAAGAAAAUAUUGCUAAGUUUUUGGCUCAAAAAAUUGACUCUGAAAAACAGUUUGCUUAUGUAAACGAACAGCUUGCUGAACAAGAAGACAGAAAUGCAACUUUAUUAAAAAUGAAGAAUAAAGUAGAGCAUGAUAAUGAAACUUUAAAGCAUACAGUUGCUGAGCUGGAAGCCAAUUGUAAAAGGCUUGACCAGGAGAAGCAAGGCAAGGAUCAUCAACUCCGAUCUGUACAGGAUGAAAUAAGAUCGCAGGAUGAAGUAAUCGCAAAAAUCACCAAAGAAAGAAAGCAUCAGGAAGAGACAAGUCGUAAGCUUCUGGAAGAAAUUCAAUCUAAAGAAGGCGAAAUAAACCGUCUAAAAAAAAUACAAGAUAAAUUGGAACAAACUAUAGAUGAGAUUACUGAUAAUUUGGAACGAGAACGACGAAUACGUCAAGAUAUUGAGAAAUCAAAACGUAAAGUUGAAGGCGAGUUAAAAAUCGCUCACGAAAACGUUGAUGAAUUCAUAAAACAAAAACACGAAAUGGAAAAUGCCUUAAAAAAGAAAGAUACAGAAAUAGCUUCAAUGCUAAGUCGUAUAGAAGAUGAGCAAUCUGAGGUAAGUAAAAUUCAGCGUCAAUUAAAGGAACAAAUUGCGCAUUGUCAUGAACUUGAAGAAGAGCUUCAGGCUGAAAGACAAGCAAAAUUGAAGAUUGAGAGAAGUCGCAGUGAAAUGCAAAAAGAAAUUGAAGAGCUUAGCGAUCGUCUUGAUGAAGCGGGUGGCGCAACACAGGCGCAAAUUGAAUUGAAUAAGAGAUGCGAGGCAGAAUCGGCUAAGUUUCGUCGAGAUUUGGAAGAAUUGUCGUUAAACGCUGAAAAAACUAUGGUUAAUUUACGUAAAAAAUGUAACGAUGCAAUAGCGAAACUUUCUGAACAAUUGGAUAGUGUUCAGAAGGGACGAGUGAAAGCAGAAAAAGAAAAAGACUCUCUACAACGAGAAAUUGAUGAUUUGCGAAGUCAAUGUGAUUUAGAAAUUAAAGAACGGCAAAAUAUGGAAAAACUUGCUAAGAAGUUGGAAAUACAACUAGCAGAUUCUCAAUUGAAAUUCGAUGAACAAAUACGAAAUUUGCAAGAAAUUGCUGCAACCAAAAAUAAGUUGCAGAUUGAAGUCAACGAUGCGAACAAUCAGCUAGAAGAAUACGAAAAUCAGAUAGCAUUGUUGAAUCGUAGCAAGCAACAAUUGAUCGUGGAAUUAGAAGAAGUGAAACGACAACUGGAACAGGAAUCUCGGGAAAAGCAUUCAUUUAAUUCCCAACUGUCAAAUUUACAACUGGAAUGUCAGCAACUUCGUGAUACGAUGGAUGAGGAAAUGGAUAGUAAAAGAGAGCUUCAAAGAUUAAUUUCAAAAGCUAAUGAUGAAGCACAGCAAUGGAGAGCUCGAUAUGAGAGUGAAGGAAUGAGUCGACCAGAGGACUUGGAAGAAACUAAGCGGAAAUUGCAAGCGAAAGUGCAGGAAAUGCAAGAAACAUUAGAUGCAGCAAAUAAUCGUAUUAAUUCAUUGGAAAAAACUCGCUUACGGCUGGCUCACGAACUUGAGGAUGCGCAAAUGGACACCGAAAAGGCUAACAGUUUUGCAAAUUCUUUGGACAAGAAGCAAAAAACAUUCGAUAGAACGAUUGAAGAAUGGAAGCGUAAAUGUGACUUGCUAACACACGAAUUGGAAGCAAGUCAGCAGGAGGCACGAAACGGGACCACCGAAGUAUUUAAACUUCGCAGUACGGUGGAGGAAAUAGAAGAACAGAUGGAAGCAUUGCGACGAGAAAAUAAAGCAUUAACAGAAGAGUUAAAGGAACUUACUGAUCAACUUGGCGAAGGAGGAAGAAGUCUGCAUGAAUUACAGAAACAGAAACGAAAAUUAGAAAUGGAAAAAAAUGAACUUCAGCAAGCGUUGGAUGAUGCUGAAAAUGCAUUGGAAAUGGAAGAGAAUAAAACUUUACGAGCACAAAUUGAAAUUUCACAAAUUCAAUCAGAAAUUAAAAAGUGUAUAACUGAGAAAGAGGAAGAAUUCCAAAAUACACGAAACAAUCAUCAACGUGCUUUGGAAAGCAUACAGGCUUCCUUGGAAGCAGAAUCGCGAGGCAGAGCCGAUUUGCUUCGUAUGAAAAAGAAAUUGGAAUCAGACAUCACUGGAUUGGAAGUAGCAUUGGAUCAUGCUAAUCGUGCCAAUACGGAUGCUCAGAAAACGAUUAAACGUUACCAGGAUAAUGUACGUGAAUUACAGACUCAAAUGGAUGAUGAACAACGCCAACGUGAUGAGCUACGAGAACAAAUGAACAUAAUGGAAAGACGUGUUCAAGUAUUACAAUCAGAAAAAGAGGAAUUGACCGGAACGCUUGAGCAGACCGAACGAAUUCGUCGCCGAGAAGAACAAGAAGCUGCUGAUGCAAAGGAAACAGUGAAUUCUUUAACUCAAAAUAAUCACUCGCUAUUAGCUACGAAACGAAAAUUGGAAUCCGAAAUUCAGCAACUCCAUAGUGAACUCAAGGAAACGUUCAAUGAAUUGAAAAAUACUGAUGAGCGAUGCAAGAAAGCAGUAAUGGAUGCAGCAAAAUUGGCGGAGGAGUUACAAACAGAGCAAAAACAUUCACAGAAUCUUGAUCGACAGCGGAAAGGAUUGGAAUCGCAAGCGAAGGAAAUGCAGACGCGUUUGGAUGAGGUAGAAGCAACAAUGCUAAAAGGCGGAAAACGUAUGAUAACUAAAUUGGAUCAACGUGUACGUGAUCUUGAAGUCGAAUUAGCCGAUGAAUGCCGACGUCAUGCGGAAACUCUUAAAAAUUAUCGCAACAGAGAACGAAAAGUGCGUGAACUUCAGUUUCAAGUGAAUGAAGACAAGAAAAGUAAUGAAAGAAUGCAUGAUCUUAUCGAAAAGAUGCAAGCAAAAAUAAAAACUUACAAACAGCAAUUGGAAGAAGCGGAACAAUUAACCACUCAGAAUCUUAGCAAAUAUCGUCAGAUUCAACAUAUGCUUGAGGAUGCUGAGGAACGUGCCGAUAUUGCAGAAAAUUCAUUGGUCAAAAUGCGAGCCAAAAAUCGUUCUAAACUUCCAUUUACUUGUGGACGCAUUGCACACUCUGUAUCAUUUCAUUCUAUUUAUUAA